GUUUCUUGUGAAGACGACUUUUCUGUCCAGAAUUUCGGAUUUAUAUUUUGAGUAAUUCUAGCUCCUAAGUUCACCUAGACUCCGUCCUUAAUCCUAACAAGUGGCAUCAGAGCUGUAUUAAGGACGUUGAGAGGAGUCUACAGAAGUGUGAAGACCCUUCUAGACCCACCAUGGCCUGUGGGUGUGCCUAAGUGGUGUUCUAAAGGUUGGAUGUGUCUUCCGCUAAGGGAAACUCUGCCGAAAUUUCGUGGACGCCGACACUUGUGAAAAUAUCGAGGGAGCUGAAAUGAGGUGGGAUUGUCUUCAUGUGAGACUGAGUACAUGGCCUUACACCAUGGGGCCAAGGAAGUAGUGUGGCUAAGGCGUUUGUUGGAGGAGUUGGGAGUUGGUCAGGAGAAGCCGACAGUUGUGUUUUGUGACAAUGAGUCCGCUGUGAAGCUCGCCAAGAAUGCUUGUCUGCAUGGGCUGACAAAACACAUAAGGCCUAAGUGGCAUUGGGUGAGGAGAAUCCUUGAUAAGGAGGUGCGGCUGGAGAUAGUGAAGACCCAUCAGCAGGCAGCAGAUAUUUUCACCAAGCGUCUGGCGGAGGCGGAUCAUUGGAAGGGCAUGAAGCUUGCUGGGAUGAGUGUGCAUUGAGUAUGCAUGCUUGAGAUGUGGUAUGGUGGAUGAUGGUAUUUGUGAUGAUAGAUCUUGAGAAGAUCUUUCCGACGCAACAAGAAUCUCUUCAAUUGGAGCAAGAACGCGAAAGCUAUGAAGAUUCAAAGUUCAUGAGCUUGCGUUACAAUUGCGGCGGUUACUAAGUGAAGUUGUGGGGUGAC